AUGUCAGUCACCGAGGCAGAUAUCGUCGGCCUCAUUAUUGUUCUUGAAGCUGAAUUAUGGCCAGCUCUGGUAGCCACAGACUCUGACUGCGGCCAACAUGUUCCCCUGCCCCAUGGCCGGAUGCUCGGUGGCACCAGCGCCAUGAAUGGAAUGGCUUUUAUCGCCAACUCCCGAGCCAAUGUCGAUACCUGGGGUGCUUUGGGAAAUGAAGGCUGGAACUGGGCUACGUUCAGCCCCUACUAUCGAAAAAUUAGUCUUACACUCUCGUCCGAGGAAAAAAUAAAGGAGCUUGGGCUGGAAUACGUGGAUCCGAAACUAAAUGGUAUCGACGGUCCUCUCCAGGCGUUAGGGCUGGGCUAUCCCAUGUCCAGCGAUCCAUUUUCCGGAGAUGGUUUGGGGGGUUAUACCAAUGCAGCAGCUAUCGAUCCUGCACGCAGUUUCUCGGCCAACGCAUAUUAUCUGCCUGCGAAAGGACAUCCGAACCUCCAUGUGGUGAGUGAGGCCUUGGGCGACACUGAAUUCACCGUCAAAGCACUCCGCGAAGUCAUUAUCUCAGUCGGAAUCUUCAACUCACCCAAAGUUCUUGAGCUGUCAGGCAUUGGUUCACUAGAUACCCUAGAAAAAUUUAACACCCCGGUAGUAGUGGACAAUCCCAAUGUCGGCGAGAAUCUCCAAGACCACCCAUUGCCAGGAGUCAUCUUUGAGGUCCAAGUCUUUAUCAACACUAAAGAUAAUCUCAUGCGCAAUUACUCUUCCACCCUCCUCCCCCUCUCCGAUUUCUCCAAGCCAGACACCGGCUCCGAAGAUCUUGCCACCAUCCUUGCAGCCACUGUACCGGACUCAUCAAGCGCAGAUUUUGCUGCCUUUAUCCGUUCUAUCCUGCAAAAUCCUCGCGAAGCAACAGGCGGCUAUUUCACUUACCCUGCCCGGAGAAAUUCCAAAGGCUCCAGCUUCCCUGAGAACUAUAUUACAAUCUGUUCCUUUCUACUGUACCCGCUGUCGCGCGGUAUAUGUCACGUCUCAUCCGCCGACCCAGCUAAGCCUCCCAUCGUCGACCCACGCUACCUAAGUCACCCCGCCGAUCUGGAGAUGUCGGCCCGUCAUACGCGAUUCAUUGACGCGAUUGCCUCAUCGCAGCCUCUUGCCUGCAUGUUGAAACCCGGUGGUAAACGCAGCCCCGGUGUGCCCGAUGAUCUGCGGACAGCAUCCCUGGACGAAGUCAAAGAUUACGUGAAAUCUGCCGGGAGAAGCACAUAUCAUGCGACAAGUACAUGUGCCAUGCUGCCCCGGGAGGAGGGUGGCGUUGUAGACUCCCGCUUACGGGUCUGGGGCACCAAGGGACUGCGGGUUGUAGACGCCAGUGUUAUCCCUAUUGCGCCCAAGGCUAAUCCCCAGACAAUGGUAUAUGCCCUUGCGGAACGGGCAGUGGACUUGAUCAAAGAGGAUUUAGCGGGGAAAUAG